CAGCGAGAGCACCCAGUCUGUCUGCUCUACAACGGGAACACACACACCUGAAGGCCGCAGAGGAGCACGGGAUUACAAACCGAGGAAUUGUCUGACAGCCCGGAUCAAAAAAACCGUACGGCUUCACAAAAACUUCAAUUUAUAACUCAGCUUCUGCAAGUGCUCUUAGACUAUGCAGAGCCUUGAGACAGAAACACAUUGAUCACUGCUCCUCGGCUGAGUGUGUUAUGGACAUUUAUUUGAUGAGGGAUGUGCCCGCUGUGCACGCAUGAGCCUCUCUGUCAGCACCUCUGACCUUUCCGUGGAUUUCGGUGAAAUCUUUGGUCUUGAUAGUUUGAUUUGUAAAGAUCAGCUGGACUGUGCCGCUCUGAAAGGAUCCUGGUGAUAAUUUACUGGAAGAGCUUUUCACCUCCAUCCAACAUGCGAGCCCUCCCAUCCAGACUCAGCUAUCUGUGUCUACACUUAUUUGCAUUGUGCUACUAUGCUCAGGUAACCAAUCAGUCCCCGCCUAAUUUCACGCAGCAUGUAAGCGAGCAGAGCAAAGUGACGGACCGCGUGAGCCGCAGGUUGAUCCGGAUCUACCAGCUGUACAGCCGGACCAGCGGCAAGCACGUGCAGGUCCUGCCCAACAAGAAGAUCAACGCCAUGGCAGACGAUGGAGAUGUGCACGCUAAACUCGUUGUGGAAACGGACACCUUUGGGAGCCGAGUGCGCAUCAAGGGAGCUGAGACGGGCUUCUACAUCUGCAUGAAUAAGAGGGGGAAGCUCAUCGGCAAGAAGAACGGGCAGGGUCGGGACUGUAUCUUCACAGAGAUCGUGCUGGAGAACAACUACACUGCUCUGAGGAACGCGCGCUAUGAAAGCUGGUACAUGGCCUUCACGCGCCGCGGGCGGCCCCGGAAAGGUUCGCGGACGCGCCAACACCAGCGCGAGGUCCACUUCAUGAAGAGGCUGCCGAAGGGGACGCAGCCCGCCCUCACGAGCCACCACCGCCCGUUCGACUUCAUCCACUACCCGUUCAACCAAAGGACUAAACGCACGCGCUACUCGGAGCGCUGAAGAGGGAAAACAGAAAAGACGGAGAGGAAGAGGAUGUGAUAGACUGACAGAAAGACUCCUCUGCUCUCCUCAUUUUAUACUGAGCAUUACUAUAUCUCAAUAUGUAGGUUGUUUUCUAUUUUUGUCCAAUUCCA